AUAAAUACAAAACGAUUAAAGAGAGGGCAACGGCAAAGCCCAACAAAUUUUUUAGCGGGAGAAGCCAGAGGAGCCGAAAGAUGGGAGCUGAAGCUUUGCCCACCGCCACCACCACCACCACCAUCACCAUCAGCAGCAACGGUAAUGGCAAGGAAGCUCCUCUGGUACUUGGACUGCAAGCAUCAGCUCUUGUGGACCAUGUGGCCCGCGUCGAUUGUUCCUUGCUCGAUCAGAUCCCCGGAGAGCGUGGUGGCUCUGUUGCAAUUGAAGAGCUUGAGUACAUACUCAGUGAGGUGAAGAACCAUAUUCUCCAGUCACCAGAUGAGUUAUCUGCAGUCAAAACGAUGGCUGGGGGAAGCGUUGCCAAUACCAUUAGGGGGCUGAGUGCAGGAUUUGGAAUCUCCUGUGGAAUUAUCGGGGCCUGCGGGGAUGAUGAGCAAGGCCAAUUAUUUGUGAGUAACAUGAGCUCUAAUUGUGUGAACCUCACAAGAAUGAGGAUGAAGAAGGGUCCCACAGCUCAGUGUGUUUGCCUUGUUGAUGAGUUGGGCAAUCGUACAAUGCGUCCCUGUCUUUCUAGUGCUGUGAGACUUAAGGCAGACGAAUUGAAUAGAGAAGAUUUUAAGGGCGGCAAGUGGUUGUUGUUGAGGUAUGGAAUAAUCAAUUUGGAAGUGAUUAGGACGGCUGUUCAGAUUGCCAAAGAAGAGGGUCUGAUGGUGUCACUGGAUUUGGCCAGCUUUGAGAUGGUUCGAAACUUUAGAGUACCUCUUCUACAGCUACUGGAGUCUGGAAAUAUAGACCUUUGCUUUGCCAAUGAGGAUGAAGCAACAGAACUGUUAAGUGAUUGCAGAAGUGGAGAAAAUGCUGAUCCAGAAGUUGCACUAGAAUUUCUGUCCAAACACUGCAAGUGGGCUGUGGUGACAUUAGGCUGCAAUGGAAGCAUUGCAAGGCAUGGAAACGAGAUUGUCCGAGUUCCUGCUAUAGGGGUGGCAAAAGCGACAGAUGCAACAGGAGCAGGUGAUCUGUUUGCAUGUGGGUUUUUGUAUGGAUUGGUUAAGGGGUUAUCUCUGGAGGAAUGCUGCAAAGUUGGGUCAUGCAGUGGUGGAUCUGUUGUUCACUCUCUUGGUGGUGAGGUGACUCCUGAAAAUUGGCACUGGAUGUACAAGCAGAUGCAGGUCAAUGGCAUCACAGUUCCUGAUAUUCGCAUGUAGUGUCCUCCUCCUACUGAGGAAGUGAUCGUCUUUGUGCAUGCUUUUUAUUUUAUGUUUUUUUUCAAAGGUGGCAGCUGGUGCAUUUUGGGGCUAACUAUUUAACCAAUGCUAAUGCGUGCAAAACUGCUGUUUAUUUUCCGCAGCCAUACGGAAAAACAUAUGAAUGAAUGUUGAGUCACAAGCCAAAAUGAUUUAAUGAAA